AUGGGAUCUCAAUGGUUAUUAUUGUUCUUAUUACUCCUGGCAACUAGGGUCAUAAGGAGCUGUCUCGAAUGUGAUCCCAAAUACUUUAAAGAUGUGAUUUGGUUACUAGAGGACCUGGUGCCCCAAAACAUUCCUUCAAGAACUGCUUUCCUUGAUCGGCAGUUCCAGGAGCUGAGGGACAUAAGCACCAAGGUCCACCAGGGAAAGAAGAGGCUGAGAGUGUUGGAUGUUCGACAAGCUAUCAAAAUGAGAGAAUGGUUGAAAGAGAAACUCAGGAACCUAAAACAGAAGCCAUGGAAAGGGGUCUUCAUCUUCCAGGGCCAGCUUCUUCAGCUUCGUCAGAACCUUGAGUCCCAUCUGACUGAAACUUUAAAGGCCUUCUCUGAUCUUGCUUGUUCUGAAGACUGCAUGAUGACUGAGGGUCCUGUUCUUGACUGUUGGAACUGUCUACGAAUUACUACACCAUGCUUCAAAGGAGAACUUUGUGGCGAUGAUGACCCAAAGACAGCUGAGCAACGAGAAAUUGCAUUGUUUCUAGCAUUGAUGGUGGAGACAGUGGGGUUGCUUUCUAUUGUUUUUCUAUAUUACUUUUGCAUCACUCACCGGAAGAAGAUGAAGGUAAAGCUAGAAGAACUGAAGAAAAUUGCAGAUGCAUCAAUGGAAUAG